CGCGGCCGUUCCCGGGCGGAGCGGCCGCCCCGGGGCCUGGGGAGCCGCAGGGCCGGGAGGAGCCGGGAGGAGCGCGGCUGCGGGGCGGCCCCGGGCCGGGUAAACACGUCGGGAUUCCUGCGGCUCUUCAGGGAUACAGGAUGCUGUUUCCUCUGGUGUUGUGUGCAGUUAUGCUGGUAGGGAGCGGUAAAGUUCAAGAAGAUGAAUGGAUUGACCCCACGGAUAUGCUCAAUUAUGAUGCAGCAUCAGGAACAAUGAGAAGACCUUACAAGGCAAACUAUCACGACUCUGAGGAUAAGACUGCGGAUACAGUUAGUACUGAAAUCUCACCGAGUUGUUCCAGGACAAUAGAUGCCUUGCAACAGAAGAUUGCAGAAUGUGAGAAGAGGAAUGCCAAGUCACAGGAAAGCCGGAGCUUUUAUAUUUUUAGGCGAUACUUGAAUAAGAUUUUAAAUGAAGCUGGAAAACUUGGCCUUCCUGAGGAAAAUGUGGGCCAAGUCCACUACGACGCCGAGAUCAUCCUUACAAAGCAGACGUAUUUGGAGAUCCUCAGGUUCCUCAAUGAGGAAACCUGGCAACCAGGUGCCAUGGAUGAUGCACUCAGUGAUAUUUUGAUCAAUUUUAAGCACCACGAUUAUCAAGCUUGGCACUGGAGAUUUGAAGACACUUUUGGAAUUGACCUAUAUAAUUUGUUUAUGCUGCUCUUGUGCUUAGCAUGCAUUGUAACUGUAAUAGCUACAGAGCUCUGGACACGGAUUCUUUUGUUUGUUCAGCUAAAGCGUCUUUUAUUGAUAAGUUUUUUCAUCAGUUUUGCAUGGAAUUGGCUUUAUUUGUAUAAGAAGGCCUUUGCGCAGCAUCAAGCAGAAAUUGCGAAAAUGGGGCAGUUUGAUAACAUCUGUGCCGAGAAGUUGGACUGGCGGGAAAGUCUUUUUGAAUGGCUUAGAAGUACCUGGACGUUACAGGACGAUCCCUGUCAGAAGUACUAUGAAACUCUACUUGUAAAUCCUAUUUUGCUGGUUCCACCAACAAAGGCCUUGGCAGUUACUUUCACCAACUUUGUAACUGAGCCUUUGAAGCACGUAGGACAAGGUAUUGGUGAAUUCAUCAAAGCACUAAUGAAGGAGAUUCCGUUCAUUCUGCAGAUCCCAGUACUAAUUAUGAUGGCUCUGGCUGUCCUGGCUUUUUGCUACGGUGCAGGAUCAUCAGUGUCUGCAUUAAGGUACUUGGCAGCAUCUUCUCAGAGAAGUCUUCCUCCACCUGACGGUCCACGGGAGCAGAUCGGCUUUGGGCAGUACGAGGGGAGGCAGCCAGAGGACUAUUACCUACAGCAGCGCCCGUAUGUGUACAGAGGACACCAGGACAGAGGAGAUGCCUCUGUGAGACCUCCCCUCACCGUGAGGGCAGGGAAUGGCAGCAGGAAUCCCGACACGGCACAUUCCAGCGAUGAGCCGGAUGCACACGGACAGGACUCUCCCAAGCCAGAACCUAAUAAUAGGUUGUACGCCGACUCUGAAGUUCAUAGACUGGAAACUCUCAAAGCUGAAAACCGUACUGAGGAACCUGCAGUUGAGCAGCAGAAACAGGAGACAGGCAAAGCAGAGCGAGAGGCUGGAGAAAACUGUGAUCCCAGUAAAAACCUGGAGGGGAAAAGCUCUGCAAUGGAACAAAGAGAAGAGAAGGAAAAGAGCAUUUUACGCGACUCCCAGGAAGGAGACUAAGGAAGGCCCGAGCUCAGCUGUGGAGUAGAGGAUUUUGCCACUGAAGCAGCUGGGAGUCUGUUCUUCUCCUGGAAGCAGCACCUCUGGUCGUCCAUUCUGUUACUCUGGAAUCGACUCAGCAGAUCAAAGAACCCUUCAUCUGCCAUGGUCUCUCGACUGCUUUUCUGAAAAGGAGAAAAGAUUUAGGGGUAUUUUGAACUUGAGAGUACCUAAAGCUGGGACAACUGCAUCAGAGUUUAGUCCAGUCCUGUUUCAUAUUUGCGUAUCUGAAAUCAAUUAAAAUCAAUUUUUUUAGUCA